AUGAAAUACAGUCAGCCCCGUGUACCUGUUCUUUAUGGUCCUCAAAUUCCUUGGCAAGAUCGUGAUGACACUCAAGAACAAUAUAGUCGAGCUCUUCUCACACUUUUCGUACCUUGGUGCACCGUUACGGAUCUUUGUGAUGCCAAUCAAACAUGGGAAUAUGCAUUGAAAUCUCGACAAAAUCUUAUAUCUAAUCAUUCAUGGAAGAUUAUAGAAAAUAUUGAACUUUUACAUGAAUGUAAAAAGGAUCGUGAUGAACAUUUACUUCAAGUUAUUGCUGAAGCUCAAGUCGACAAUGACGCAAUUGAUCCUAUACUUCUGCCAGCAAAUCAAGAUGUUAGUGAUGAACACAAUAUUGACAAUAAUGACGACUUGCUCGAACUUCUAGGCAAUUUAGAUGAAUACACAACUACUACAGCUAAUGCCAUCAAAAAGUCAACGGAAAGUAAAUAUAUGGAAGAAAUUAUCACAUCAGUCGAAAAUGUCAGACGAUUUACUCAUGUGAACAAAUAUGGGCAACCACUUUCAAAUGAAUUCGUCCGCCCUACAGAUCAACAAAUUGCACCGUUAGUUUCUGCAACACCUAAACUUAUUCAACUCAAUACAAAGUAA